AUGAACAAGGUCACACUCGCCGAUGUGGUGCAAAUACCACCGACCGACUUCCACAAGCCGAGCAUGCGCUCAAUUGAAGACUUCAUCAACGCCAAAUACGCCGACAAAGUCAUCCACAGAGUCGGGCUAUGUGUCGGCCUCCACUCCUUGAUCUCAGCUUCCGAAGGGCUUAUAGGCCAUGGAACUGGCAUCGUCAACGUCAACGUGGACUUCAAACUUAUAGUCUUCCGACCUUUCAAAGGCGAAAUCAUGCGGGCAACCAUCACCAAGUCCAGCCCGGCGGGGAUCGCACUGUCAGCCGAUUUCUUUGAAGAUAUGAUCGUACCGCCCGAGACGCUCUUCGAGAAUACAUCGUGGGAGAAGGACGACAGCGGAACAUGGGCUUUUGUUUGGCGCGCAGACGAUGGAGACGGAGGCUUCAACGAAUUCUAUUUCGACAACGCGGAGAGCUGUAUGGUGCGCAUUGAGGAAGAGCAAUGGCACGACAUCUCGCCUGACGCUCUGAGAUCUCAAGAGUAUGCCACGGAGGAGGAAGAAGAACUUGCACGUCAAACGCCGCCCUAUCUCAUACGAGGCAGUAUGAUGCUUGCUGGCCUUGGUCCGACCUUGUGGUGGAUUGGUGAAGGCACGGAACAGGCGACUCUUGGCGCGGAGGACGAGACUAUGAAUGGGACGUGA